UUAGUUAAUAAUCGUAUUCGCACCUCGUUGGUUGGAUCUGAAGAAUUUGUAAUUUUCGAUUUGUGUGUUACAUUAAAUUUCGUUAAGAUUGUAAAAUUGUUGAGAAACAAAAGAAAUCUCACUGUCGAGUCGAGCUGUGGCUCUGUUACAACGAUACUUACUCGGUUUUUACGUGCAUCUGCACAGCGGAAAUUGUUACUUUCAUUUUCGUUGAUUCAUGAAAUUCCAUCGGAAAAGAACGAAUAAAAAAAUAAGUUUCUGAUAAACGACAAAUUUUAAGAUAAAAUUAAAAGUGAAGAAAUGUUUACGAUCUCCGGUUAGUGCGGUAACAAUUUAUUUUAUUUAUUUAUUUUGAAGCAACUAUGGGAUAUGCACAAAACUUUGUCAUUGUAAUACUAUGGACGUCGACAGUACAACAGUCACUGGCCCAACAUUAUCAGCCGACAUAUAUACCAUUUGACAGAAGUAAUAUUUUUCAGUCACACCACGAACAAUUACCAGAUUUGAAGCAACGAAAUUUACGGAGCAGCCUACAUGACCACAUUUUAUCGCAAGACUUUACUCCACAUAACAAUCAAGAAAGCGAUAUUUUGAUCGACACAUAUGAACCGGAAGAAGAUGGAAAAAGACGUUUACGCCGACACGACGUCGAAUCGAGUAGACUUUUGUCGUCGUCAGCGUUCUCCAAAAUUUCAGAAACGUUGGGUGCGUUGAAUACAGUCGGACGAUUUCUAGUCAAUAUGACGCGUGGCCAGGAGCCAACGAUACAACAUAAUAAUCCAUCUGAAAGUGUUCCAGAUGCCAUUUUAACAUUAAGCAAAACUGUGCUAGGUCAAAAUGUCACCAAGACCAUUGAGCCCUUAAUAAAAGGCACGAUCGUAAUGGAAGACAAUCGCUUUGAAGACGAUGACAAUAAGAAAACUCGGAAGAAAAUUGUAAAGAAAGAUGUUGAAAAAGUCCAGCAGAGUAAACCGAAAAAAGACAGUGAUGUGGCGAGCAUAGAAACGACAACGUCACUGCUGAGUGUAACGUCAGUUAAGCCGGCUCAACCUGAAGAUGUUGAGGGAAAGGAGGGCGAAAACCGAUGUACAACACCGCAAGGCCGACCUGGUCGGUGUGAAGACCUUAGCGUCUGUCCCGAAUUAUUAUUAAAUUUAGGAGAUCUUCGUGAUUCACUUUGUUUCAAACGAUUAUUCAUACCGGGUGUGUGUUGUCCGACACAAGAAAGUACUAUUUUAACAACACAACGACCAACUGUGCUGACGAUACGGCCACCAGUUCAAACAACCCAACAGAGUCUUAUUUUAACGCCUUAUCCCACGACACAGCGUCCCACACAGAGACCAUUAAUACCAAUACAAUCGGUGCCACGGCCACCACCUAACGCACCCACAAAUGCAAUCGAUGAAGUGCUGGGGAACUAUUUACAAGCUGACGAUUGUGGACAACAGGAACACAAUUCCGGUCGCAUUGUUGGUGGAAUCGAAUCAGCAUCGGGUGAAUGGCCCUGGGUAGCAGCUAUUUUCCUGCAUGGCGCUAAGCGCACAGAAUUCUGGUGCGGAGGAUCAUUAAUUGGUUCCAAGUAUGUCCUGACAGCAGCCCAUUGCACACGAGAUUCGAAACAGAAGCCAUUUGCUGCACGACAAUUUACUGUUCGCUUAGGUGACAUUGACCUUUCAACGGAUAAAGAACCGUCGGCCCCAGUGACAUUUAAAGUGACGGAAGUGCGAACACAUCCCAGAUUCUCUAGGGUCGGAUUUUACAACGAUAUCGCCGUAUUGGUACUGGAUCGAGCAGUUCGGAAAUCUAAAUACGUGAUUCCGGUUUGUCUGCCAAAAAUUGGUCACAUACCACCACCCGAAAGACUUGCCGGACGUCGAGCUACCGUUGUUGGUUGGGGAACAACAUAUUACGGCGGAAAAGAGUCGACCAUUCAGCGACAAGCCGAUUUGCCGAUUUGGCGAAACGAAGACUGCAAUCGCGCCUACUUCCAACCGAUUACCGAAAACUUUCUGUGUGCCGGCUAUUCCGAGGGGGGCGUUGACGCUUGUCAAGGUGACUCUGGCGGACCGCUCAUGAUGCGCAUCAAUCAAAGAUGGACGCAAUUGGGAAUCGUAUCGUUUGGCAAUAAGUGCGGUGAGCCCGGUUAUCCUGGUGUGUAUACACGACUCUCCGAAUAUACCGACUGGAUUCAGGAAAAUACAAUCAAUUAGGAAUGCGAUGAUCCAGUUCUACCAAAAAUUUGUAAUUUAUUUAUUUAUAUGCGGUAAUAAAGUACGAAAUGUAUGUUUUACGGAA